UCCACCGCGCGCGCGCGCGCUCAAGAUCGCGGAACAACACAGCACCGGAGAAAGGUGAUCCGUCCGCCGAGCAGCACAGCAGCAGCAAAGGCCAGCCAAGGGAGAUCGUAUGUCAGCCAUCUCGCGUCGCCACGAAAACACGACAGUCGUUCGUCAUGCCUUGGAUAUAACAGCAAAUCCUCCACGGCACCUGCUUUAUAUAACGCAAGAAGGCAGCUGCAAGGACACGAGAAUGUGAAAGAGCCAGUGCAGCGCGACUUCACGUAGUGCAGAGGAGCCAAUGUCAAAAAAUCAAAAUACAUUGGCAUGCAAUUUGGACAAGAAAACUAGGACAACCCAGGACGUGCAUUUCUCAGCACCCAGUCAACUGCCAGAAGUGACUCAAACACAGGCCACCAGUGGCACUCGGCUGUACCACUGCAGUGCUGCAGAAAUUGCCAGCACCAGCGGCUUUGCAACAGCUGUUUCACAGCAUGUCGGAGACAAUGCCUACGAAAUUAUUGGCCCUGAUGAUGAGAGCCCUCAAGGGGCAAACGACAUCUCUGUUGCAGAAGUGAGCCCGAUACCACCUGAAGUUACCAUGACAGGUGGCACGGCCGCAAUAGAUACAGAGACGGCCAUGUCUACUGCAGCUUCAACAGUGUACGAGGCAAGCAGCAGUGUGUCAGCAUCAGCAGCAGUGUCAGAAGGAACCGCACCAGGCCUGGUAGAGCAACAUGUGUGCUAUCACUGUGACUUUUUUUGUAGUGCAUACAACUCAUUUGCUCAACAUACAAAAGCUUUUCACCACGACUGUGAGCCAGUGUUCUUGUGCAGCAAGUGCAAGACUAAGUUAAGUGUUAUAACACAGUACAAGCAUCACUUUAAGAUAUGAAAACAUAUUACAGUUGUUGCC